UUUCGCUUAAGGCCGAAGAAAAAGGACGCGCAUGUUCUGUACAAGACCUGGGCAAUACCUGAGCAAGACUUCAGCAUAUCGAAGUGAACGUGAACACGCAACACCGUUGUCAAUACCCGAGCGAGAUAUUGGCGAUGAGCAUUUCAGUGACGGAUUCCCGAUAAUUCUUGAAGAGAGUAGAACGAAUAGCAAUGGCAUGCACGGUGCUGAAUAAUCAAAAUGAUUUAUUCGAGUUGUACUCACUGACGAGCGAGGAUAGCAAAUGUAUCGAACCGCGCAGCAGCUUGAUCCAACGAAGAGCCGGCGACCAACACGUGCGCAAUAUUUGCGGAAGAACGCGCAUAUGAAGGCCGGAACGUGUAACAAAGCGAUAAAAGAAAAAGAACGCCAGGAAUCUAUUCCAGGUCUCACGUGAAAUUAACAACAACAGUCCGCCGUUGUCACGUGUGGCGCACAUUAAUCGCUUCGGCGAUCAAGCCGCAAUUAGCCCCAAAAUAUAAUUAGAAUAAUUAGAAGCACCUAAAAUAGAUACGAGGCCGAUUGCAUUAUUAGGCGUUCUUCCUUUGUUUUUAUAACUAGUCUAGUAAAAUCCUACGCAAUAGUUCUAAUAAUAAUCGAUGACGCACACGCAGUCGUCACAUUGUUUAUUACGUGCCCACCCCUUAAGCAGCGCGCGACAGAUCGCUAUGAAUAAUGCAUCCAUUAAAUACCAUCGAACACGCGAGAGGGUUCAUAAUCAAGGGAACACCCCGGAGAGAAGGCAGUGGCGAUUAAGACAUGGACAGUAAUAGUAGUCCACCGUUAGGCUCCACCAAGAAGAGGAUUAGUCCUCCGAUCAGCUGGGGUCUUACCAAUAAAGACUCCUUCAAGACGAUUAAAGUGAUUUUACUUGGACAACCCGGCGUUGGGAAAUCGGCUUUGGCCGUGCGAUUUGCCACGAGGCGCUUCAUCGGCGAGUACGAUUGCACCACCGAGAGGAUCUACCGUGUCGACAAUCAUCUGGGAUCCUCGUGGGAAAUAGCAGAUCCGCCGGGAUAUCCGCCCACCUCCGCCGAGCCGAAAUUACGAUGGGCCGAUGCGAUAGUCCUCGUUUACUCGGUAACAGACCGCGUCAGCUUCGAUGAGACUUCCCGUCUCAGGUUCCUGGUAUCGCACGCGAGGAGAGGUAGAAAGGUGCCACCGGUCGUGUUGCUUGUGGGAAACAAGGCCGAUCUCUCUUGCUCGCCGGGUGAGCGCAUGGUAUCUGCCCUGGAAGGCCAGAAAAGGGCAGAAGAAAUCGAGGCUCACGCUUUCCAUGAGAUUUCCGUGAGGGAAUCAGUCGACCAGGUCAUGGUCAUAUUCAUGAACAUAUUACGAUUGUUGGCCGAACUGCCCGGCAGUCCAGGAUACUCGGCAGGACCUUUCAGACUGAGGGCCUGCACAGAUGGUACCAUAAACACUCUUCGCCGACCAUCACCCCUACCACCAUCAAGAAGAUUUAGCAUUUCCGCCCGUGGAAAUUUAUUGUAGAUUUGCUCCUGAGAAAUUUAAAUUAUUUUAUUUUAUUUUAUAAGUUUAGUUUAAUUUUUAUUUUAUGGGUUGCGUGCACUACAUAGAUGUAUUUUAACCAUUUUAAUAAAUCUGUGCUUAUAAAAAAA